GCAAUUAGCCAGGGAAUGUAUAAAAGGCUUCAGGGAGACUCACUGGGCUGCAGAGAGAGGCACUUUGCACCACAGACAGAGCAGGAAGGAGAAGCCAGAGGCAGUCAGGGACAGAGGAGUCAGACGCUCCUGGGGAAGAGAGAGAGUGAGACAGGCUGGAGGGGAACAGAAAGUGUGUGUAAACGGAGUAAAGAGGGGAAAAAACUACCCUAAAAGCACAUUUUCAAAACUCUGGCAAUUCUAGAAAGAAACGGGCUACGUUUCUGAACACAGAGACAAUGAAAAGCUACAGAAAAAUUUGCAAUCUCUGCCACAGUCUCAUAGGUGCUUAGAAAUGAAAGUAGAACUGCCUGUCUUUAACCGACUCUGAGAGGGGUAACUGGAUUAGGGACGGGUACGCCAGUUUUUUUGUUUUUGUUUUUGUUUUAACAUCUUAAAUCCUGAAAAAAAAAAAAGAAAAAAAAAGGCAGCAGCUCCGAAUUGAAUGAAUUGAUGGGCACACUCCAACUGCUGGGCUGGAGAGACUGGAACUUGGUCUUGCCAUUUCUGCUUCUUUGAAAAAGGAGACAACUUGGGCUUCUUUUUUAAUUUAGUUUUUCUCCUUCUCUCCCCCUAUCCCCCACCCCCACCCCCGACCUCCCCCUUCACCUCCCCCCACCCCUCUCCAUCACCACCCCCCCACCUUUUAAAUAAGAGGGUGAAGGGGAACCAGAGCACACAAGGGAACUGACCCGGGAGGCAGAGAAGAUGGGCAUCCUCAGCGUAGACUUGCUGAUCACACUGCAGAUUCUGCCAGUUUUUUUCUCCAACUGCCUCUUCCUGGCGCUCUAUGACUCGGUCAUUCUCCUCAAGCACGUGGUGCUGCUGCUGAGCCGCUCCAAGUCCACUCGCGGGCAGUGGAGGCGCAUGCUGACCUCAGAAGGAAUGCGCUGCAUCUGGAAAAGCUUCCUCCUCGACGCCUACAAACAGGUGAAACUGGGUGAAGAUGCCCCCAAUUCCCGCGUGGUGCCUGUCUCCAGUCCGGAAGGAGGUGACACCAGUGGAAAUGGUGCCCAGGAGAAAACAGCGGAUGGAACUGAAUGCCACCUUCUGGACUUUGCCAGCCCUGAGCGCCCACUGGUGGUCAACUUCGGCUCGGCCACUUGACCUCCUUUCACUAACCAGCUGCCAGCCUUCAGCAAACUGGUGGAAGAGUUCUCAUCCGUGGCUGACUUCCUGUUGGUCUACAUUGAUGAGGCUCAUCCUUCAGAUGGUUGGGCGGUGCCUGGGGAUUCUUCUUUGUUUUUCGAGGUGAAGAAGCACCGGAACCAGGAAGACCGAUGCGCAGCAGCCCAGCAGCUCCUGGAGCGUUUCUCCUUGCCGCCCCAGUGCCGAGUUGUGGCUGACCGCAUGGACAAUAACGCCAACGUCGCUUAUGGGGUAGCCUUUGAACGUGUGUGCAUUGUGCAGAGACAGAAAAUUGCUUAUCUGGGAGGAAAGGGUCCCUUCUUUUACAACCUGCAAGAAGUCCGGCAUUGGCUGGAGAAGAAUUUCAGCAAGAGAUGAAAGCUAGAUUAGCUGGUUAAAUGUAUGAUUGUAAAGAGCUUUUUUUUUUUUUUUUUUUUUUUUAAUUUAUGUAAAGACAAGGAAACUAAGAAUUCAAUCCACUAUUUCAACUGAGUCCCAUUUUCUCACUGAAAGACGGGAAUUUACGUGUCAGAAGAACAUAAACCUCUAACAUCUGGAUCCUACUUUCACCGCUUAAAUGGCUUUUGGCUAAAUAGUAGCCCCAUCUCUUCCCUUCCUGGUGAAAAGCCCUGAAUGAAAAGAUUCCAAGAUGGAGAAAAGAAAACUUGUUUCAGCAUGUGUUCAUUUCUGCCCUGAUAAAAGAAGUGAUACAGCUGAUGCGUGCCCUGGGACCUGAAGAAAAGACUUGCCGGAAUGACUGCUAUGUUAGGGAAGCCACCAUCCUUGUUGGUGUAAAGGGUGUUACCUGGGCUUUAUUCAGCGUGGAUAGAGCCCAACUGGAUGUUUGCCAAAUCUUUACUUAGAAUGAGUCUUCAAGUCCAGGCCAUGCGGUUAGGACCUUAUUGUUUAACAUGUUAGAGAAGUUUCUGACCUUCUAGUUUCUAGCCAUGUACUACUCUAUGCCAGUCUAAAUGUCCCAGAACUUGGAGGUAUAUUUGCAGUUAUCAAGAGUGAUACCUACUGGAGGGUUAGAAUGGUCAUCUGAUAUCUGAUGGUUACUUUCUAGGCAGGUGGAGAAAGUACUAGAAGCAAAUCAAAUCAACAAGCUGGGAAAAGCAGGCAGAAACGCUAGGAGGCUUCAUAGAGUUUCACCUUGAAACUGUAGAGAGUGGUACUAAUUUGUCAGUCACAGAAACAUGGAAACAUAUGCAAAGCUCGAAAAAGAAGCUCCGCUAAGAUAGCAUAGAGAAUAUACAUAUGAAAUUAAUGUAUUUGUCAUAUAUUCCUGGAUUGAAGAGAAAGGGGGAUUGAGAGGGAAAAAAAUGCAUUUUAAUAUUUGUAUUACUUUUUGAAACAUGCUUGUGGUGUUUACGUGUUCAGUAGGUGAUUAUACCUCGUGAUGUUGAUGAAAGGUAACACCAGUGGGCCCAGUGGGGCCGGGGUCCCCCUCUGCAUCCCUACAGUUGUACUAUGGUCCCAUUGCUUCUUGGUCUGGGUCUCUAUGGCAGUGUUCUCUGAAUGAUGAGCUCAGCAAUUUAGAGCCAAAUAGAGGACAAGAAAGUGUGAGACAAUUCCCACCAGUGAUUUUAGAGGCUUUGCUUCUUGGAUGGAAUCCUCAGGAUCGUGGAGUUUGGUAGGAUGGAAUUCCCAUUCAUAUUUAAUUUGGACUUGGGUUUUCCUUUGUUCCUCUUAGAUGAGGUAUAGUCAUCUAAGACUUCUGUAGUAUAUUUUUAUAAUGCUAUUUUAAUAUAUAUACCAUAUUUCUCUUUAAAAUGAAGAUAUUAUAGUUCUACUUAUAAGUAAUAUAAGUAAUAACUAAUGUCCUAACUUCCAAAAAAGAUCAACCAAUUUUGUAUGUUAAAUUUUUAUUGUAAAUUUGAGGAUGUUAUCAGAUCAUAGUAUGUGGUUAUAUGUACAAUCAAAGGUUCCUAUGGCCAUUCCAUUAAUAAUUGAAUCAUAAAAGUAAUAGAAAAGAUAUCUAAAAUCGAAAAUAUCUUCCUGAACUAACUGCCUGAAAUCAGAAAAAAAUGGGAACUGAGUGUGCAAGAACCAAAACCAAUUUUUUUUUUAAAUGGAGCAACAUAAUAGUCAUAUCACUGCAUCAUUUAUUGUUUAGAUAUUAAAGCUCCAUUUUAACUGAUUAUUUUUAACUGCAACAUUUAAGCUUCUCACUGUUCUAAAUUCUAUAAAAUGUACCAACAAAGAAACAAAUUUUGAAAAUGUGACAUUAAUGAAUUUCUGGAAGAUCACAUUGAGAAUAGAUUAUUUCUGAGUCCUCAGUUGUUAAACCCCUUGAUUUAUCAGCAUAGCCCCUUGAUUUUUACCUUCAAAAUAGUGUCGUGAUUUGUGUGGUAUCCUAGGGAAGAAAAAGAAAAGUUGGUAGCAGCACACUCACGCUGUUGUCUUUAAACCUCCCCUUUAUUCCACACGUACAGUAAGGGAACAGGAUGUUGGCGAAGCUGGUGGGGGGACGAGACGUGGCUAAGGCAGGCAGUGCCAGUUGUCUGGGGGAAAGGGUGAUGAGAAAACUACCCUGCUGUGAUGCACUUUUAAAGAAAGAGGAGGCUGUGUGCCUGCAGUUCUUCUCCCUGAGGACAGGCCGGUGGAGACGGGAAGCGGUGGGAAGUACACAUACAAAGGUACAGGCUGAGUAUCAGGGACAAAGACAUGUUCAGUGGAACACAGGAGAGUUACUGGAAGAAAGGCUGUUGAGAGCCAAUGGAGAAAGUGAAUUGACAAAGCUCAGGAAUCCUGCAAUAUGUAAAAUGGCUUGGUGUUAUCAGAGUUAGGAGAAGCCUAUAACUAUGUAACUUAUUUAUCUCAACAUGAACUUUUGUGAUUUCCUGUGGUGUAUCUUUAAGGAAAUAAUAAGAACUCAUUAUUUGAGAUAGAGGAGAAUCAGUGUUUAGCUGAUAUGCUCAGAGAAAUUCUUAGAUUGUCAAUAUCCUGAAACUGACAGGUAUUGUCAAUACCCUGAAAUCAACACCCCACCCAUCUUAUCUUUUAUGAAGUAUGUUCCUUUGAAGAAUUUUUGUCCCUGUUCUCACAAGGCAAAAUUUAUAAAUUUAUAUAUAUAUAUAUAUAUGGUAUAAGGUAUAAGUUUAUAUAAACUUAUAUAUAUAUAUAUAUGAUGUCUUAUUUUAGAACCUAAACAUUUCCCUCCCACCCAAGCCCAUAGACUAUGUUUACAUGGAGCUAUCAGUUUAGGCUUUUAAACUGAAUUAGCUUGUCCAUUAUAGAAAUAGUUUCCAAGCAAUUUUGGGUGUUAUUUAUAGCAUCUGGAUUUACUCCAACAUUUACUCUUUGAAAGACUUAUGUCUUGGAACUAUUCAAAACUUACUUUAUUAUAUUGCUUAGAGAAAAUAAUAGUGAAAUCAAUAAUGACUUUCUUGAAUGGCAUAAAUGAAAUGCUUGCACAAUAGGAUAAGUGUUUCAUAGAGAUUGGGCUUCCCUGGUGGCUCAGAUGGUAAAGAAUCUGCCUCCAGUGUGGAUAGACCCAGGUUCAAUCCCUGGGUUGGGACGAUCCCCUGGAGAAGGAAAUGGCAACCCACUCCAGUAAUCUUGCCUGGAGAACUCCAUGAACAGAGGAACCUGGUGGGCCACAGUUCGUGGGGUUACACAGAGUUGGACACGGCUGAAUGACAAACACUUUCACUUUCAUACAGAUAUUAAAGUGUAUCUGACCUCCUUAGAAGCAGGUUAGUGCUGUACUUGGUAUGUAUAGCUCAAGUUAUGGUCAUUUAACUCAUAUGACUUUUCAUAUUCAUCUUUUUGAUCUCUGGUCUUUUGUCUUCACCUUGUUUGUAGAAUGUGCCCCUGAUUUUUGGUAAUAUCGACUUUGAAAUGGUCUAUUGAUUUAGUUAAGUGGUAGCUCAGAUGAUAAAGAAUUUGCCCACAACACAGGAGACCUGGAUUCGAUCCCUGGGUCAGGAAGAUCCCCUGGAGAAGGGAAUGGCAAUCCACUCCAGUAUUCAUGCCUGGAGAAUCCCAUGGACAGAGGAGCCUGGCAGGCUACAGUCCAUGGGAUCGCAGAAAGUCAGACACAACUGAAAGACUAACACUUUUACUUUCCUACCAUUAACCAGGAAAUGCCAAUUCUGUGAUCAAGAAGAUCAGAAAGGCCUGCUCUCUUUCAUUUUGUCUGAGUGUAUUCCAUAUUUUGGGCUCUUGAAUAAAACUUAUGAAAUAUGGGGAGAAAAUACAUGGAUGCUGCCUUGCUGCAUAAAAUACCAGAGACGCAGGUUAAAGACAAUGUCUGUGCCUUUGGGGAUAUUCCCAGCUGGAUAUAGGAUAUCAGUUGCCCUCAGUAUGCCCUAUGGGCUGUGUCCACAGCAAGCAGAACGCAUUGAUGUACAUGCAGGACUCCCCAUUCUGUGGAUGAUAAGAGGAUAAACAUGGACAUUUAUUCUACCUAAUUUCUGACUUACAGUUGGAAGAUAAACUUAAUUACAAUCAGAUGGCCAUUGCAAAGGGGAAAAAAUAGACACUAACUUCUGUCCCACUGAAGAAUGAAUAAAACCUCUGGCAGCAUUUAAAGCUUUUCAGAACAUAACUCAGUGCUAUUCUCUGAGCACUGAAGAUUAAUAGUGAGAUUUUUAAUUUCUCAGUGAGGUUUUAAUUUUAAAAUUAAAAAAUUAAUUUUUUAAAGAAAAACAAGAGUUUUUCUUUAAAAAAUGAUAUUGCCAAAAAUCAGAGCUAAAAUAUUUUUAGUCAUAUUCCAACCUCCUCCCUUCUUCCUCCUUUACCUUAGGAAUAGAAGCUAAGCCCAGUCUUCCUAUGUAAGCCCACACGGGGUGUAAGUACCAGCCUUGGCUUGGUGAUCCACCCUCUCUUGGUAGUGUCCUGUAUGAAAGAAGGGGGCCAGGACCUGGGUGAUUCGGGAAGUUGCAGACUGGGAAGAACUAGGCCCUGGGGGCUUGGUCUAUUGAUCUGGGAAGACCUGAAAAGAAACUUCUCACCUUUGGAGGAGAACUGAUCAGUGCCAUUAGCGUGGCCUUAGCAAAAUAUUGGGCCACUUCCUAAUGCCUUACCUUCUGGAUAGCUCCAGAAGCAAGGUCUCAGACUUGAGAUCCAGAGCUGGUCCAAGGCGAGUCAACCAGUCGGCAAAUACGUAGUGAUCUCUGAACAAUACGGCUCCUGCAAGUUGGGGCUCUCUGCCAUGUUGGACAGCAGCACUGGAGCGCCAUGGAGUUUUUUUUUUUUUUUAAUUUGCUGCAGAGACUUUGACAACCCAGGAGAUGGUUAAUGAAGUCACUAUUUUGGCUCAAAACUCCCAUUCCACUCCCCCCCCCCCCACCAAAAGAAAAAAAAAAAAAGCAAAUAGGUAAACACAUAAAUGAAAGAAGCCCACAGAACAGAGUGGGAAAGAAAGAAAAUCCUCUCAAGGCUUCUCCAGUCCAUGUCACGGGUCGGUGCGGUUUUUAUGGGUGUUAAGAUUGGAAGAUGUCAUGACAUAAGAAUCCAGUACUUUAUAACCAAAGCAAUUAAAAGAUAUUGGGUAGGGAAUGUUGGCCAGUUUUGUUUAAAUUUGCAUCACAUCGUCACCAGACUCCAUCUCUCGCCCAGAUAAUCGGGCACCCGGACGGGGAGAUUAGAAUGUGCAGAAGUUACUAGUGUGCAAAUGAUAACUGCUAACGAAAGAGUCCUUGACUCAGUUAGUGGUUGGAUGUAGUCACACUUGUUUGCCUCUGCCCAUCCUCGCCUCCCUAGCAAGGAGAAUAUUCGGGGCAUGAUGCUAUGAGUACUGGGUAAAUGUGGUGAGAAUGUGUGUGUGUGUAUCUCUGCUUCUCAACUGCAGAAACAGAAAUGCUUUGGAGAUUAUCAGUAGAAAGAGUGUUAUUAUAUUGGUGCUGAGUGGUAUGUGUGCUUUUAAAUUUGUUCUUUAUUUUAAUAAACUUUGAAUAAAAGAAUAAAGUUA